AUGUCUUCCGCAGAUCUAGCGGAAGACCAUGAUUCGUCCGGUGUUGAGCCUGAUGUUAUUGAGAAGACCCGUACAAUUAAUCUCAGUGAUGUGGUCGACAACGAAACCAUGGCCGAUACUCUUCGUGAAGGAGCCACCAGUGGUCUCUCUGGUAUGGGAGAAAGCGAAGUUUCAAUGGUAUCCGAAGCGCCGCCAAGCACAAUAACGAAUCAACCAUUUCCUGCAACAAGUACAAAGGUGUAUUACCAUAUUGACGAUGAACCAACUCCUUACCUCACUGAGGUCCACGUUCCACCUGAUUUGAUAACACUGGGAGACGUCAAACGGGUACUUAUGAGAUCAAAUUUCAAGUAUUACUGCAAAGCCCUCGACCAAGAUACAGGG